AGCUGCAGUGGCAGUGAAGGUGGAGCACCUCCUUCUUCCCACUACCUGCUCUGGAAACUGCUCAGCAGCCAAUUGGGGGCAACCCAGCCCGAUACAGAAUGUGAGAGCCCUCCUGAGCAUGUCAGUUACACCAGAUGCAACUGCUGUAAGGAAGUAAAAGAAACAUUUUCUGAAACUGGGAAGCUUUUUCAGAGGAAGAUGGAGAACCCACUUCUUCUAUUCCCCCAACUAAACAUUUCUGCUUCAAAGGAUAAAUCCUAUUACAAAGUCAUGAAAUCAACAAAUAAAGAAGAGCCACAUAAAGGAAGCAAGCCUGGAGCUAAGCAGAAGAGAAAUAGGCUGAGCCUUCUCCUGCAGAAAUCUGAAUUCCAUGAAGGUGAUCGUCUUGGUAGACCUGGAAACAUGACAAAAGCAGCAAGCAGUGUGUCUCCUGAAGAAGCAGUGAAAUGGGGAGAAUCUUUUGACAAACUGCUUUCUGAGAAAGCUGGGUUGGAUGCCUUUACGAAGUUUCUGAAAACUGAAUUCAGUGAGGAGAACAUCGAGUUCUGGAUAGCUUGCGAGGAUUACAAGAAAAGCAAAACUGCACAUGAACUUUUGCCAAAAGCUAAGGCCAUUUAUGAAACAUUCAUACAGAAAGAUGCUCCAAAAGAGGUGAAUUUGGACUUUCAAACCAAAGAAGUCACAAGUCAGAAUAUUGAACAUCCCAUCAUCACCACCUUUGAUGCAGCACAAAACACAGUCUACAGGCUGAUGGAGCAAGACAGCUACCCACGCUUCCUAAGAUCUGAUCCUUAUUUAAAUUUGGUUAAGGGGAGAAAUCCCAGUCGUCCUACCCUUAGGAGACGAUCACGGUCUUUUACUGUCAGUGAUUUCCAGGGUGUACGACCAGACUUUACCGUUUGGUAACAGGGAAACUCAACCCUCAAAUUCUAGCUAUUGCAGCACCUCGUAUGUGUUUUAAAAUCCAAAUCCUUAGCAGGCGUAAAUGAGUGGAAAGCAAAGUCACAUGCACUUACACCAGGUCAGAGUUCUGUGGCCAGUGAUUAAUCUCAUUUAUUAUAGAGAAGUAGGCAACGUAUUGGCAAGACAUAUAAUGUAAAGUUUUCAUACAGUAUUUUUUUUUCAACUCAAGCAAGAGCUGUAAUCAUAUUUGGAGGAGAAAUUUGAGGUUCCUGCAUAAAAGUGUUGUAUAAAAUGCCAUUUGAUAAUAUCCACCAUGUAUCCUGGACCUGUAUUAUUUAGGACAGAGUUUCAUCACGGUUAGAAUCUAUAUACCUAGCCUUUGCACAUAUUUAUGUUUCUGCAGUAUUUCCUACACUAAGCACAGAGUAUUUGUGGUAUUUUCUCAUACUGCAAAACACAUAGGAACAUUAUUAGGUAUAAUGUAAAGUUACAUGGAUUUUAACUACAGCCACUGCGUAAUUCAAAUUUAGCUAUUGCAUAUUUUAAGAGGAACAUAAGAAUACCUAUUUAAUUUUUUGAUGUAUAUUUUGUACUGUUUUCUUAUUACAUAUGUUUACUCUCUGUAUUUAAGUUAUGCUGUAUAGAUUAGCUUUGCCUUCAAAUACUUGUAUGCUAUUUUUUUGCAACCAAAUGAGCAGCAACAAAGGGCCAAGAAUGCUAUUUUAACACAAUGUGUGUCAUUAAAUAUCAGGUCAUGUGUAUGUGUAUAUAUAUA